UUUUUUUUUAUCAUUUAAGUCGGUAAAUUUUGGAAACAGUGUUGUGGAAUUUUGAUGGUGAUUCUGUGUCUGGAACUCGUUAUGCCCAAGAGGAAUGAAUAGCCCAUGUCGUAUAUCCGUCUGGGUGGUCGCACAUCAGGUGACUCUGUCUGCUUUGUCUCCAUAAGUGAAUGAUUCAUUUUUCAUGGAGAUCUGCAUUGGGGUGGUGAGGAUUUCAGUGUUCUGAUUCUGGCUCCUGUUUAGAGCUCAUAAAGGCCAGCUGGGUGCUCCUCAGGGAGCUUCAUGUGAGUUGAAUUUUAAUGGCAGAUGAUACUGAAAUCCAUUAAUUGUACGUGGUGUAGAUUCCUCAGUUGACUGUUUGAGACAGAGCUCUUUAUGAUUUUCUUGGAGAUGCAAAGAUGGAGAAAAGGCAAAAGAUCACUCAGUAUAGGGAGAGGCUGGACAAGACACUUGCAUCUCCUGAUCUGACAACUGAGGAGACGCUUAAAACCCUAGUCAAGAAUCAACUCCUACAUUCUUCCAAAGAUGAAGCCAAAGGAUGUGAUCAGAAAGUAAUUGAGAAAAGGACUGCAGAAGUAUCGUAUUUUCUUGACAUGUUGAGGAGUGUUUCUGUAAGUGAUAAUGAAGGAUCAAAGGCCGGUGAGAGAUCACAUGCCGAAUGGAAGAUAAAACAAGAUAAUGAAGAGUUUCGUGUUAUGUAUCGUGAAGGACCUGAAGGCACUCCCUUUCAUUCAUUACUUGUUGAAGGCUAUGUAGAUGGGCCUUUAGAUGUUUGUUUAUGCAUCUCGUGGGAGUCAUCCCUCUACAAGAAAUGGUGGCCUCAGUUUAGUAUUCCAUCUUUCAAAAUUAUCUCUUGCAAAUGUUUGCAAAAGGUCCGGAUUGGUGAACAGAUAUCUUUAGUGAGGGUGAAGCUUUCUUGGCCGCUGUCAACAAGGGAGGCUGUUCUACACUAUUUUUUGUUUGAGUACUUUCAAGAUGAUCUCAUUGUUGUUCUUCUAAACACGAUCUCUGAUUUGAAAAGCAUUGAUAAAACCACUCAUGGUUUCACCAGUGAGGGGAUCCCUGAAGCAAUGGAUGUUGUCAGGAUUGAUGUGGUAGGAGGCUUUGCUUUGCAAAAGGUGACCUCAGAAAGAAGUUACUUUCGGACAAUAGCAAAUAUGGAUAUCAAGCUGGACUUUGUUCCUCCAUCCCUUAUAAACUUUAUUUCAAGGCAGCUCAUCGGCAAUGGUUUCAAACUUUAUCAAAAGGUAGUGUCUUCUACAUUUAAGUGUGAUGAAGAUUUUAGCAAUGCCAUGGGGGAUCCACUGUAUACUAAAAUACGUGAAGCUCUUUAUUCCACUAAUGUGUCAAAAGGGAUUGUGGAAGUAGAAAAGCUUACAACUGACGCAUGCACUCUCCCUGAAGAGCAUCCUACUGAGACUAAGCAAGAUGACUUGAAGGAUACGAAUCAGGAGGUUCAUAGCAAUUACCACGUAAGUGAAUCGGAACCAGAUAAUGCAAGAGCUAAAAAUAGGAAAGCUUUUGGAGAGAUUGAAGAAGAAGUGAGUGAAGAAUCCAGACACUUUGAGAAGGAUAGCGAGGACAUAGAUCACAUUUCAACCAAGGAAUUCAGAGAAAGGUGUCAUGUAAAUGGCAAGAGAAAUAUUUUAAUCAGGCCCGAGGUUGAACAAGCUCUAGGAACAUUGGAGAAGGUCAUCUCUGUGUUUCAGGAAUAUGGAUUUAAUGCCCAAACUGGGUGCUCUUCUGGUUUCACUCGUGAAGAACCUCCAAAUAAAGAAAAGGGUCUGGUGAAAAACUCGAAUUCUUCAAAAGACGAAAGAGUUUGUUCAAAUGGUGAGGUUAGUCUUGAAGUGUCCGAAAAGGGAAGCACGGAGAGAACUUCACAAGAACGACCAAGGAAUAGCUCCAGCAAUCAAAGCUUCAGGCGUCCCGGAUCAAAUUCUCACUCGAAGGAAGUAAACCAUAACAAAGUAGCACCAGCAUCACCAGAGCAGUAUGUUUCAGUGCCUAGUGAGGCUACCCAGGUUGCUUUGCGUUCCACCGAAAACGGGGCAACAGAAGUACUGUCUUUGGACCAAAGCACACAUGAUAUUACGCAAAUGAGCACUGAGCCAAAUGGCAUCCAUGAAAGUAGUCUAAAUGAAGAGAAGUCAAGCAAGCAGAAAAAUCAUAGGUUCUGCUGUUUCAGCAGCAGACGCUGUGUUGGUUGAAAUGGCAACAGAGGAAAAGAUAAUAGAACUCACAGGUUUCAUAAUGUCAAACCAGAAUUCAAUCCUCAACAGAUGACCCAAAAGAGGAUUUUUUUUAACAUCUUGUACGGAAACAACUUGUGUAAUAGUCCAUAACUUAUAUAUAUUCAAAUAAUUUCUAUUUUAA